GUGGUAGAAAUAUACCAGAAUAAGAAGUGUGGCAGAAGGAACAGAAGAAGAAGAUGGCAUCCAACGACCAAUCUGAGGCAAUAACACAGCCUGGCCUUCUGCCUGGAAAAGAUGGAGCACGUAGCCCCAGAGAAGAACUGAUUACCACUGCUGUACAAUUUCUACAGAACCCAAAAGUACAUCAGAGUCCCUUGGCCCUCAGAAAAACCUUCUUGAAGAAAAAAGGCCUGACAGAUGAAGAGGUAGAGUUGGCCAUCCAGCGUUCUGGCUCCACAGAAGCACUGCCUCUGGUCCCUGCAGGGCCUGCACAUCCACUCCAUGCAGCUCAGCUCCCUCCUGCACCGCUCAGUCCAACGGGCUGCAGGUGGAGGGACUAUGGUGCCCUUGCCAUCAUUAUGGGGGGUAUCACAUUCUGUUUUUAUCAGCUUUACAAGAAAUACAUCCUUCCCCUCAUUAUGGGAAGCCGAGAGGACAAGGAGCAUCUGCAGAGGAUGGAAAGCAACAUUGCGGCAAUGAGUGGCACGCUGACACAGACAGUCAGCCAGCUGCAGCAGACCCUGCUCUCUAUCCAGGAGGUGCUGGUCCAGCAGCAGCAGAAAAUCCAGGAACUCUCCCAGGAACUAGCUGCAUCACAGGCCUCGUCCUCAACGAGCCGCAUCCUGGACAGCCAAACAGUAGGAGAGCUGAAGGCUGAGAUCAUCUCUUUGAAGGGCUUACUGCUCAGCAGGAAACAGUUCCCCUCCACUCCCUCUGUUCCUAAGAUCCCCUCAUGGCAGAUCCCCCUGAAGCCACCUGCAGCAUCUAGCACGCCGUCCAUUAACCACACCAACAGCAGCAGUGACAUCUCCCCUCUCAGCAACGAGUCCACCACCUCCUCCCCCGUCAAAAAUGGACUCCACAGCCCCCAGGAUGCACUGGGAGGGCCCGAUGGAGCCCAUGGUAUCAAUGGAGAUAUUUGCACCGUGGGCCUGGGCACAGCGUUGCCCCUCGACCAGGUUCGCAUGGAGGUGCAGGGAGAGGAGGAGAGGAAAGAUGAAGAUGAAGAUGAUGUCAGCCAUGUAGAAGAAGAAGAAGAAGAAGAAGGAGAGGAGGAGGAGGAGGAGGAGGGUGGUCUAAGCAUGCAGACAGAGGACCGGCGAGGUGGGGACGGACAGAUUAAUGAACAGGUAGACAAACUGAGGCGGCCCGAAGGUGCCAGCAACGAGAGCGAAGUCGAUUAGACCAACAUAAGAGUACAAAAACACUUCAGAAGACCACCUCUCAUCCCUGCUGAUAGCUUUGUUUCUCGCUGCUCUCACAUACAGGUUUUUCUUGCUUUCUUUCUUUUUUUUUGUCAGUUUCCACGUGCUUUUGUCACAUCAUAACGUUGAGCAGAAGGAGGAGUAGGAGUGCAAGUAUAAGAAGAGCCAGACCUGUGUGAUGACACACAGGUUACCACAUUUUACUUUUCUUCAAACUAAAUGACUGUAUCCCGAGCCAAGCACUGUUGUGAUGUUUCUUUGAAAGGACAAGUGACAAGCAGCAGUCAAAUCAGAAUGACUUUUAUCAGCCUUUGUGCAGUACUAACCAUGUGUGACUUACUGCCUUUAAUUUCCAUGAUUUGAUCAGAUAAUCCUCAGCUUUGCCUCGGUGUCCUUGUGAUUGUACUAAGACUCAGACCAAAGAGGCAGCGCCGCACACAAUAUGUCUGCUGUACAGCGCAUCUGCGGGUCAGGAAUCAUAAGGUGGUGCUUGAGUCUCGGUGUUACCGUGAGGUUCCAGUGGAGCAUUAGCAGAGUUUGUCUCACUGUUGAUGGGAAUAGGAGAGGACAAGCUCUUCCAGGGCCGGAGCUUUUAGCCUCUUUUAUGUGUCCUUUCGCAUUGGUGUCAGUCUGUCAAUAAUUUACAAGGCCAGCAGGGUGGCAUUUGGGUGAAAUAAAACCCCUGAAAUUCGAGAUUAGAAUGUGAUGACGGGCUUUGUUCCAUGCCGGUGUCAGAGUGCUCAUACGCUCAAAGGAGGGGAAGAUAAAUGUUUUUUUUUCUCUCUCCCUCUCUCUCUCUCCCCCCACUUUCGUUUUUCACUGUGGGCUGAAUUGUGCAUCUUUGCGAGCCGUGUUUGCGGGAGAAAAACCGAAGGCUGUCUGCUGAGCUGUAUCUGUGUCUCCAGCAGGGCAGCUGAUUUGGUUUGUGAAGUAUGUUAAUAAUCAAAUGAUCAACAAAUAACAGAUGUAUUAGUUCAUGCAGCUUGAAAUGUCAAGGAGGCUAAAAGCGGAAAUCUAAUACAGAAAGCCCAGUUGCAUUGUAUUAUUUUCUGUGACAAACCCUCCGGUCCAAAUUAUGUAGGGCCUCCUACAGUGAGUAAUCUUUACAGAAAACGGCGCCAAUAUUUUGUAAUUAAGCUGCAGUAAGACGACGAGCGCUGCCACAGAUGGAAGUUGCAGAACUCGUAUCACUUUUUCUUUCUCAGUGUGGAGGUGGAUGGGGGAAGUAAAAGAAAAUUGCCCCAUGAUUGAAAAGGAAAGUAAUAAAUGAAUACUUGACUUAUUGAAUUACUCACUCCGUCUCUAGCUAACAAGAAGAGUCCAUGAGUGAGAAGAAGGGAUAUCAGCUUGUGCCAUUUCCACUUCCAACACAUGGCCUCCAUUGGGACACAGAAAAGGUGGAGGGGACACUGCACAUUUCUGAGAUCCUGUCCUGGCCUGCAGAUUGUAUGUUUAGUGAUUUGAAUUGACAUUAAGCUUAACCUUAACAGGAAACAUUGCAGUUAAGGUUGUUUUGUUUUGUUUCCUUUUGUGUGUAUGUGUACUCAGUAUGCCUCAGAACCACUGUAGUUUCAGUGACGGGUCCUUUCCCUGUAACUUACUGAAUAAACACUGUCUUCACUGCAGUUCUAACUGUAAUAAAUUUGAUUUAUC